CCCCAAUCCUCUUUCCCUCUCACAGCCAUAUUUGGCACUGCCUACCUACGAUGACUCUUACAAUGCCAGUAAGGCAUAUGUGGAGUGUGACGUCUGAUAACCAGCGAUAGAAAUGACCCAUGAUACUAAAUCCUUGACUUUUCCUGAGGCCUGGAGAUGGCUAUGGACAUUCAAUUUACCAGCGAUCAUCGCGAAUAUAUUGUCCCCGCCAACACCACCGACCGCGACAAUAGCAUGCAACGGCAACCCUGUCUACUGCACCCGUAGAUACUCCAACAUCACCCAGAUUGGCGCCCAUGAUUCCCCCUUCGUCGGCCCUCUGCUCCAACAGAACCAGAACAUCGACGUCGCUCGCCAGCUUAACCUGGGUGUCCGCUUCCUGCAGGCGCAAACCCACAGGUCUCCGCGUACUGGGAGGCUGGAACUAUGUCACACGUCGUGCUUGCUUGAAGAUGCGGGGUCUCUGGAGGGGUUCCUGGUUACCGUGAGGGAGUGGUUGGAGCGAGAUGAGAAUGCGAACGAGGUGGUGACUUUGUUGCUUACGAAUGGGGACCGCGUUGACUUGGGCUUGUUCGACGAGGCCUUCGAUAGGAGCGGGAUUAAGAAGUAUGCGUUUCGUCCUGGCGUCGCCUCAAUCAUGGGCAUAGAAGAGUGGCCGACUCUGAUGGAAUUGAUUGAGAAUGGGACCAGGCUGGUUGUCUUCUUGGACUACGGAGCAACAGGAGCAAUAAUAGCAACACCCCCCUCACCAUACGACUACAUCCUGGACGAAUUUGGCUACUUCUUCGAGAGCCCCUUCGACAUGACAGAUCCUGCCUUGGAUGAUUGUAGCGUGAACCGGCCGCCUGCCGCCUCCCCGACAGGACGCAUGUACAUCGUCAACCACUUCCUCGACGUUGAUGUCUUCGGCGUCUUGAUUCCCGACCGGGUCAACGCGGCCAGAACAAACGCCGUGUCUGGGUACGGGAGUAUCGGGGCUCACUGCGACAAGUGCCUAUCCAUCUACGGACGGCCGCCGAAUGUUGUACUUGUGGAUUUUGUGGAUCAGGGAAGGGUGAUAGAGGCGCAGAGCUUGUUGAAUGGGGUUAGUUCGGGAGGUAGUAGUUCUGGACUUGAAGAGUACUUUGGUGGUCAUUGUUUUGAUCUUAUUUUAUUCUUUUUCUUUAUAUUCUCCUUCUUGUUGUCUUGUUUUGCUUUCUUCACUUUCUAUCUUGUGAAGGGAAGUAGAUGUCGGCGACUUUCUAAACUGGACAACAUGAUGCCCAGUUGUUGACUAUGACGAUACGAAGAACGAAUGAUGCUUUCACGAGUCAAGAGUAUACAUGCUCAAUUCAAAGGGAAAAAUAGACAAUAACU